AUGUCUUCAAGUCAUCAUGAUGAAUUUCAUUUCAUUCCCAUGCAUACACGAUCGUCAAGUGACAUUUUAUCCCAACGUAAUAACAGAAACUCAUACCAACCGCUUCCUUCUUUAUCAGACCCCCUCGACAGAACAAUAUCUCCGCCAUUACCUUACCAAGACAAUGUAGCAACACAUGAUUCGCGGGCAAGCUCUGCCUUUGGCUUAGGAAUAGGUGGCCGCAAUUCUUCCCCUCCUGAAUCCAGUCCAGAAAUCAGAAGAGAUACACCUCCCUCAUCGAACCCGCUAAUGGGUCACAGCCCUGGACAGCACAGCAUAAGCAGCACCGUGACCUUUAAUAAUGGUAAUCCUCCACCUGACAGCCAGUCGAAAUUCAAUUGCCCCAGUGCUGGAAGUGUUCGUCACAAGCGCAUGUCAUGGCUAACAAUCACCAUCUUGGUGCUUGCUUUUUAUUCUACCGCUCUGUCUGGGUUGUAUAUGAUCGUUGCCUUUAUUAAACCCCGGUAUGGGAGCAGGAUCGGGAGGGGUGGACUUGCCCCUGAUACGGCGUCUCUUUUAAGCGCGCUAUUUGCCAAAACCAUAGAACUGUCUUUUGUCACUGUUUUCGUCGCCUUUCUAGGUCAAGUCCUGAGCCGAAGAGCACUCUCAAAACGAGCAACAGGAAUAUCCAUUGCGGAUAUGUCGAUGCGCGGCUGGAUUAUGCAGCCAGGAAGCCUGAUAACACAUUGGCAGCAUGUCAGACACUCUGGUCUUACUAUUAUUGGGAUGAUAGCCCUGACAGCCACAUUUAUGGCGUUGCUAUAUACGACUGCUGCUGAUGCCUUAGUGUCACCGAAACUUAGUUACGGUCCAGAAGAGAUCAAGGAUUUCACUGGCACAGUGAAAACGAAGUUUGCAAACGUGCCGUAUCUAUUAAAAAAUUGUUUAACUCCAAUUCCCAAAGAUGAGGAUCCAGUAUAUGGCGCAGGCACUUGUCUUCAGCUAUCUUAUGUUGGACAAGCUUAUCACAACUACAGAGAAUAUAUUUCGGAGUGGUCCUUAUUAGCUAUGGGAGGCAAUACAAGCUCAACCAACAUGAACCAACGCAUAGUACCAGCAGGCACCUGGAAUGACAAUACCACUCUUCGAGGGAGUUGGAUUCAGGAGCAAGAUAUGGUGGAGAUAUCCAAAAAGCAUGGCAGAAUGAUCAACAAUGUCACCGCAGCAAUGCCGCAUGCGGGAAUUAUUGCAGCAUCUCGUCAUCCUCGCAACUCACUCCGACAACCAAGUGACUUCAACGGCCUUGGAGAAUUUGCCCUUAGGGCCGCGGUUGUUUCACCAGUUGUUAACGUGCUCUGCGCGGGCUUGACAAGGGAAGAAAUAGCGCCCCUCGUCUAUAAUGAAUGGCCCGAGGUUAAUGGAAAAGUUAACGUUUCAACUUGGCUUAGCUCUCCCCCGGAAGGGCUUUGGGGUGAGGGGGAGAAAUGGAACAAGACUGUGGUCGACGAUAUAUUCGAGUUCAGCGAUCACAAACUCCCGCCUAUCUUUCCAAAGCUUCCAAUUGCCUACAACACAUUAGUAAAUGGCACUCUGAGGUUCUAUAUAAGAGACUCUCUGUAUAUUUUACUGGCCUCUCCGCCAGACAUAACCGAUCCUCCAUACGCCCUCUGCGCCAUCAAAGCUGGUCUGACGACGCAGUGCUCGACUAUUUACCAUGCAACCGCCAGCGGCGGGAAUCUAGCUGCUACAUGCGAUGAUCCACACGACAACAUGCGCUACAACAAGGACAAAAAGGAUAUACCUCUUAUUGAGUGGGACGAGAACUGGGAAGAUAUGAGCACCGAAUGGGCCAAUUCCCUCAGCCUCGGCGCGGGUAUUACAGACGGGCAAGCCAGCAACGCUCGACUACUAACCCAGUUGAUACCCCGCUUGGAUCCGAAAACCAACACAUAUUCCCUCAACGAGGCCAUGCCAUCUGUAGCCGAAGCAUUCGCCGCAAUGGCUGCUUCAACAUUGCUUAUGUCAACGGAGGGUGCCAAUUUCGACUUCGCACGCCCCGAUCCGGCGACACUCCCCAAGGAUCAAACUUUUAAAGUCGCCUUACGCGUCAGCGACUAUGCUUCCGGCGGUGUGCAAAGGUGGCAAGGCAUCUUCUACGUGGUGCUUGUUCUCGUCUUCUUGACAAAUCUAGUGUGCUUGGGCUACAUGUAUCUGGAAAUCAGGGGUGAGCAGUUGACGGAUUUUACAGAGCCGCAGAACAUGUUUGCGCUUGCGCUCAACAGUCCCGGCAGCACGAAGUUGAGUGGCGCAUGCGGCAUAGGACCUGUUGGGAACCAGCUGUCAGAACGCUGGAUCAUCGGGAUGGAGGAAAACGACGAACACUAUUAUAUCACCAGUAAGGAGGAAAAAGCGGAGAUGCGGAAGCGAGCGCUUUUGGAGGAGCACUUGGGGCCCACGACCAGUCCCGCGGUUAAGGAAUAUCGGCGCAUUUCACGCAACCGAAGUUCGAUUUCGAUGUUUCAUUGAUUCGCUAGUCUCUUUUUUCUCUUUUACUUUUUACUGGCUCGGUUAAACUGGCUGGCCUGUCCAUUUUUACAACAUAUCUGGUUUCUUAUUUGGUUCUCGGCGAAAUGUGACAAUAUCAUUUCAUCCCAUGGUUUUGAUGCGUCAGGUUGCGAGCGCGGUUCUCGGUUUUGUUGUCUUGUUAUUUCGGGCUCUGGGAAACAACCCUUGAUUGCCUAAUGCAGAUUUCUAUAACUAUACCCCAACCACCAUAUUAAUGAUAAAUAUAAUGGCACGUUUAUGACUCAAUAUAUAGAAUUUCA